AUGAAUGCCGCCAAUCCGUGGGAAGUAUCGGUGGCCGAGUAUCAAGCAAACAGUGUUCAGUUUGCUUCGUUGUAUCCUCAAAACGGCCGUAUUGACGGAAACACAGCACGAAAUGUUUUAAUGAAGAGCAAUCUACCACCGCAAAUAUUAGCACAGAUAUGGGCACUAGCGGACACGAAUCGGGACGGUAUGCUUGACGUUCGAGAAUUCUCCAUAGCUAUGCGGUUGACACGAAAUUGCCUCGCCGGUCUUCCAUUACCUCCCACUCUACCUCCAUCUUUGAUGCAAGUGCCAGUCGGAAGUGGUCCACCACAAGUGCAACCGCACAUGAAUGCGAUGCCACAUCCGAAUGCUGUGUAUACACCAGAGGCACCGAAGAUCCCUUAUGGUAUGUCGCCGAUGCAGCCGGUACCACCGGCAUUUCCUGUGUAUCACACGGCUCCACCAGGAAUGGUGACGAGAAGGAUGUCACAGCCUCUGAAUGGCGGAAGUGUACCAAAUGUGACACAGGGAAAACAAUGUGGCAAUUGGACCAUUCCACAUCAAGCGAAGCUCCGAUAUAGUCAGCAGUUUAAUCAGCAGGACAAGCAACGUGUUGGGUUUCUCACGGGUCAAGCAGGUCGAAGUGCUCUCGGAAUGAGCGGUCUACCGACAACAGCACUUGCUCAUAUAUGGACGUUGUCGGAUGUGAAUAAAGACGGCAAGCUUACCGUCGACGAAUUUUGCAUCGCGAUGCAUCUCAUAGACAUGGUUAAAGCCGGUUACGCACUUCCCGAUCAAACUCCUCCAGAAUUGGUGCAGAUCUCCGAAGACUUUGAGGACAAGCGCAUGGACAACUUUGCUCGCGGACAAGCGGAACUGGAGCGAAGGCGACAGUUGCUAAUGGAGGAGAAUCAAAAACAACGUGAAGCCGAGCUGACUGCGCAGCGUCAACAGCGCCAGAAAACGUUGACGUUUCAGCUUCAGGCGCUCAGUGAAAAAGCUGUGGACACGGAUUCGAACGUGACAAAGCGAGGGAUGCGUUGUAUGGGAAGGCUCGCUCACUUUGAGGGUAUGAGAGAUCAGCGUGACGAGAAGAUGCGUCGCAUCGCAGAGUUACAAUCGAAUAAUCAACAGCUCAGUGUCCAAGCGCAGGAGUUAGCACAUCAACUCCUGCAGCUGCAAAGCGCGAACAAAGAAACGGUUGCAAGAAAAGCCGAACUGGAGGAGCUACGAAAGCGAAGAGAUGCUGCCAAACUCAGUGUCCAAGCGCAGGAGUUAGCACAUCAACUCCUGCAGCUGCAAAGCGCGAACAAAGAAACGGUUGCAAGAAAAGCCGAACUGGAGGAGCUACGAAAGCGAAGAGAUGCUGCCAAAAAGACCGAGGAAUACGAAACGGCGCGAGCAGAGUUGGUGAAGGCACGUGAUGAUUAUCGAAGAGUGCUGCAUACUCUUGCCGACUUGCAAACACAGGCUCGCUCAAAAUUAUCAGAGCGAGACGCAGAGAACGCAAGGAUUGCCGCCGAAGCAAAAGCCAAGGAGGAAGCUGAACGGGAACUCGAAUGUCGACGUCGUGCAGCCGAAGAAGCAGCGAACACUGUUCAAGCGCAAGCGUUUGGAGAAGUCUUCCCAGCUCCUGCUAACAAUGUACCGAAAGCAACAUCAAAUGAGUCAGUCGCGAAUAAAGCUGUAGCACCUGUCGUGAAACAAGAUAGCGUAUCAUCUACUGGAAAUGCCUUACCGUUGGCCAGCGCUGGUGGCACGACAAAGUAUCGUGCUCUGUUCGAAUUCAACGCUAGAAGCGAGGAUGAAUUAAGUUUCCAGCCGGGUGAUGUUAUACUGGUGUUCGAAUCGCAUGCAGCUGAACCAGGCUGGAAGGCUGGACAGAUUCGUGACAAGGUCGGAUGGUUCCCUGAAGCGUUUGCUGAACCUAUUGCUCCUGUACAUUCUGCGGUUCCGCAGCCCAUUCAAAACAUGCCACCAAACGUCACGCCGUCUCCUUCACUGGAUCGAAUCCCUGAAGAAUCAGUUGUCAAGUCAAUCGUGGCGCAACCAGAGGCUACACCACAGGAGGCUCCAGUUACCGUUAUUUGCUCCUGCGUAGCUCAAUUCCCAUGGAAAGCACGCAAUGAAGGUGAUCUCUCAUUCGCAAAGGGCGAUCCCAUUGAGAUUGUGGAAAAGAAAGAUGCUGAUUGGUGGGCGGGGCAUAAAGUUGACACGCCGAACGUUCGCGGUCUCUUCCCAGCGAAUUACGUGCAGAUGAGUCAUCAGCAAAUGGCGUUGGACGCAUUGAAUCAGUUGUUGACUCAUCCGGAUGCACAGAAACUCUACACAAAAUGCACGUCGAGCGUUGAGGCUCGGGGUAUGAGCCUGAGCACAUUUCUUCUAUUGCCGCUUGGACGUAUCACGAGGUAUCCACUUCUAAUUGAGAAAAUCCUAAAGGAGAGCGAUCCUAAAGGCGACCUACAUCCAGGUAUGGACACGAUAUCCUUCAGGUGUGUAAGCAGCAAUGCACGUCGUCUAUGGACCAGUCAAUUGGAACAGGCGAUUGACCUGUACGCUAUCACGGCAUCAGAGCAGGACCAGGCCAGGAAACCAUCCUUGCAAUCAAAGACGAUUGGACGACUGUUGGUGGAAGUGCUCAACACAAAGAAUAUCUCGCCGAAAAUGGUUGAAUCACCUCCGCAAAUUCUUCGACUCUCUGUUGGCAGAGUUAGCGAGACGUUUGAAGUGGAUUUGUCGAAGUCAGCCGAUCUUCACCUAACUACGCAGUUUCCACUCGUGAACACCACAGAAAUGUUCACUUUGAAAAUAUUACAAAAGAAUCUCUUCCGGCCGGAUGCGCUGCUAUUUAGUGAGUCCAGUUCAUCUACUAAGGAAGUGGGUCAGGAGAUCCGUAUUGCCGCGUCGUGA